GCGCCCGCCAAUGGCGGCAGGGAGCGCAGCGCGGCCCGCCCGCCCGGCGCGGCUCCGUGCGGCGCCGGGGAGCCCGGGUCCAGGGCGUGCCUUGCAGAGCACCCCGGCUUCUGAGGCGUCACCUGGUUCCACUGGAAUUGAAGCCGGACGACGUCAGCCCCCCCUGGUCCUGAAAAGCUCCUCACCUGUAAAAGGUAGAAGCCCUCUGUAUGUGAAAUAAAAAGGAGGGAACCACCGUUCUGUCAUGUGUCCAGAAGCCAUCCUGAUACCACCAGGCACCAUCAGGCCCGCAGCAAAAACAUGCAGCCCGAUAAGUCUUCCAACGCACACACAUGCCAACAAGCACAGCCCCUCGCCAGCAGGUUUACAAACUGCACUGCUCGCAAACAGUCUCCCUGAGCCCAACGGGACGAGCGUCGAGGCUGCAGGGAAGCGUCGGCACCGAUGGCAGCAGCCUAAAACCUUAAAAAAUGGGCUCGCCUGCCGACUCCGCCCUCACGGGAAAGAUGGGGAAGGGCUACAAGGUGGUGGUUUGUGGAAUGGCCUCGGUGGGAAAGACUGCGAUUUUGGAGCAGCUUCUCUAUGGCAAGCAUACUGUUGGCUUAGAAGAGGGUGCCACAAUGGAAGAUGUGUAUUUGGCCUCGGUGGAAACAGACCGAGGCGUGAAGGAACAGUUACGACUUUAUGACACCAGGGGUCUGCAGGAGGGCGUAGAAUUGCCAAAACACUAUUUCUCUGUCGCUGAUGGCUUUGUUCUGGUGUACGCUGUGACCAGCCUCGAAGCUUUCCAGAGAGUAGAACUGCUCAAAAAGGAGAUUGACGUCUUCAGAGACAAAAAAGAGGUAACAGUUAUUGUCUUGGGAAACAAAACUGACCUCCUGGACCAAAGACAAGUGGAAACAGAAGCAGCACAGCAAUGGGCAAGGGCUGAGAAAGUGAGACUGUGGGAAGUGACUGUGACAGAUCGGAAAACACUGCUUGAGCCUUUCACCUUCUUAGCUAGCAAACUCUCCCAGUCCCAGAACAAAUCAACAUUUCCCUUGCCUGGAAGGAAGAGCAAAGGGAAUAACUCUGAUAAUUAAGCUACUUUAGCAUUGUCUGCUGCUGCCAGGUCACAGCCUAAGUCCUUUUUGUGCCAUUUGCGUCUCACAGUUUCACUUAAAGCAAUAAUCUCAUUCAGCAAUAAAAUCAGCAAGCUUAUGGCCAAGAGGUAUCCUUCCUGCUCAUGGACUUGGCUUGAAAAAGUCACUGGUGGUUAAAGCCUUAAAAAGCACUUAAUGAGAAGAGUUAUCUUGUAACAAGGGUUAUGGAGGCGGGAGGGACAGGUGGACUCCUCUCUAGCAGGGGUUUUGACUGUGCCUGGAUACAGCCAUAUUGACAGACAAAUCAACAAAUUUAUCAUUAAGCAAUCCCCCUGCAGAUCUAUAGCCUCUAGUCAGAAAUAGUCCUAGCUGUAAUAAAGCAUUCAAUUUGGAGAAAGGAUAUAUUGGAAAUGGCAACAGUGCUUUUACCUGGACCUUAAACAUGGCCACAGGGUUUUUUGAUGCUGCAGGAGGCUGAGGUCAGUGUGUUGUUGCAGACGAGGGCUUUGGGGCAGGAGGAACAGAUUUAGCCACUGAAGUUCUGCUAGUGCCUGGGGAAAAAAACAAAACAAAACAAAACAAAUCUUGUGGGAGAUACUAAAACAGAUCUACCCUGACAUGAAGGUUGUCAACAAAGUCUGGCAAGCAGUGCUUUCAGCUCAGGAAUUUAUUUGUACAAACCAGAAAGCCCUCAGAGCGCUCAUUCAUUUAACUGCAACCUGAAGGACAACAUAGCUGUAUGUGGUUUUGUUCCAGUACGUCCAGUACAAAUCACAUAGGUGAUAAUUUUACUGAGAAAUUAUCCAAAGCAAUUUUGCAUGCAGGAGGCACUGCCUGGGCUCUGCUGGGUCUAUUGCACAACACUCCUACCCAGCCAUUCCACCAAGCUGCAGUAAUCCGCCCUUGGCACGAAGCUACAGGCCAGAUGACAACUGGUGCCAAGUGCUGUAUUACUUAGUGAGAGGGGGCUAGGGAGUGUAGGAGGCUGCCUUUUGGGAACAGCCCUAUGGCAAAUGCCCAGAAAUACCUGUACAAAUGGCCUUGGUCUUAAUACGCCACACGUUGUCCAGAAGCAGGAGCACAACUGUACGUCCUGUAUUGGACUCUCCAUGCUGGUAAACCUGGGCUGCAGGAAUCUGCUGUCCUAGGUCAGCUUUUCAGUAAACUAAACAAAAUUGGAUAUAUAGGGACAGAACGAGCAGCUGUUCCUAGAGAGUGGCCAGCUUUUGGCCUCUAACAACCUCUUAUACAAAUUGAUACUGGGUUUUCUUUAUAUUUUAAGACACGAGUGAGGAGAGGGAGUGAACAAGUCCCCAGUUCCUUCAUUUUCCACUGAACUAAUGUAAUUUUGAGAAUUUCACUGUGAAUCAGCAAAACCAUAAGCAAUAUUUGCACUGUCAUAUCAUAACUGCUGAGUAGUAAAUAUGCCUAAUUGUCAUGAUUAAGCUGUGUGCUUAUAGCAUGCUCUUCCUGAAUACUGACAAAUAAAAGUCCUUUAGCAUGA